UAUGUGGCAGUAUUGGUGCGGCCAGCGCCGGUAUCGUUAGUGGUGUCUAGCUGGCGCGUUGCGUAGUUGUGUCAAUUUUCAUCUGUCCAUUAUCAAGUAAAGGUCUAACGAAUACAGUUCGAGUAUUCACACUAAAACCAGCUCAUUUAUUGCACUUCGGUAAAAAGACUCCGGCUGGCUGGUGCGGCACGUAGACAGAGUCACUGGUCAAGAUGGCUGAAAAGGGGGACACGUCGAGUAACUCCCAGGGGGUGGGACAGUUCCUGACAAAUUUUGUUUCUGAGGUUGUACAAAGUCCCGUCAAUGUUAUUUUGGUCGGGGUGAUUGCCUUCCUUGUUUAUAAAAUCGUCAAGAGCAAAACGAAGUCCGAGGAGCCUGUACCAGAAAUCAAGGAGUUGCCCAAGUUGAGGCGAGAUUUUACUGUUCAAGAACUCAAGGCGUACGAUGGUCGCGGUCCUGAUGGACGUGUUCUCAUUGCCGUCAAUGGUAGCGUUUAUGAUGUUACCAAGGGAUCGAGAUUCUAUGGACCUGGUGGGCCCUAUGCAGAAUUUGGAGGAAGGGAUGCUAGCAGAGGUCUAGCAACAUUCUCGGUGGGUCCUGGCAAGGAUGAGUACGAUGACUUGAGUGACUUGAACACAACAGAAAUGAACUCUGUGAAAGAGUGGGAAGAGCAGUUUAAAGAGAAGUACGAUUACGUAGGAAAGCUGCUUAAACCAGGCGAGACACCUACAAGCUAUUCCGACGAGGAGGAUGAGGGAAGUCAGCAGGAAACCGAAUCGAAAUCGAAAAAUGAUUGACCACUUGAACGCAGGCCGAAGCAAGAACACCCUUACGUUGAUAAUACCGCGCAAACAUCAUCAAUAGGCGUAUACCAGAAAAUAAUUAUCGCGGAUUUACAGUUGGAUGCUUCAUUACGUGGUAACGAUAUCCAAGCAGCAGACAAGAAAAUAAUCUUUAUUAAUCGUGUCAGAAGUAUAUAAAUGUUCAAGGCCGGUUUUGCACACCUGAGAUGCGAUCCGAGCAUUCUUCGUUGUCUUUUUUUUUUUAUAAUCGAGAAUUGAUGAUUGCAGGAUACGUAGAAAAGAAUGAAGAAGAGAGGGAGAAGUUAUACAAUGUUUAGAGAAACAAUUUUGAAAAACUAUUUUUCUUUUCUCUCCGGUGUAUAUCGCGAGGAAUGUACAAAAAGCUCGAAUCGCAUUUCUGUUUCGUAUGUGCAAUCCCAAGUUGCGUAAUACCGAUUGUCUGAGUGUUUAAAUUACUCCAAAAUAGCGACGAAAUGUACAAGAUUUAUUGCAUUGGAAGACUUGCAGAGAAUGACUUUUCACUGGCGUUAAAGACAUUCUGACACUCGUUAGAGCACUCUAUAUACGUUUUCCGUGUAAUCUAUCUGAAUGUUGAGUCAUGUUAGCAAGUGCUUUUGAAUUGCGUGAUGGACACUCGUGUUUUCGAUAAAGUCCACGAAAUAACUUAUACGCGGGGAUUAUGAAAACGAUGAAGAUGAUAAAGAGUUCAACAUAGCGAGUACAUAAGUUCACUAUUGGAUAAACAAGGGGGAAUGUGUGGCCGAACCGUAUAAACCCACGUUAUAUUUCUACAUUUAAUAUACAAGCUACGAAUAAUUCAAUGAAUAAUUGUGGCUAUAAUAGCAGAGGCGCACGAUAGAAUCUUGCGUAAUGAGUGCGCGCAAAGCUCAUGCUUUGAAAGUUCCAGAUAACAAAAAAGUAAGAAGAGGGUGAAGCGAGAAAAAACUACGAAAUUAAAGACAAUUAAUAUGGAACGCAUUAAUUAAAUUAUAUGUCGUAGAUUUUUUUAAUGAAUGAUCGUCUUGCGACUAAGUCUAAAAUUUCACAAGUUUAAUCUAGAAUAUUUUUUUCUGCUUAUAUACUUAUUUCACAUACCCUAAGGAAUUUUAUAUAAUUUCAAAUGCUGUGUCACUGUUGUUAUACUUAAAUUUCAAGAAUGGUGGAGAAUAAUUAUCUAAUUUAACAUUAUUUCGUAUUUUAUGAACAGUAGAUGUCAAUGCUCUAUACAAGGUUAUUCAGUAAAAACGUAUCAACUGAAUUUGACUCUAUCCUAGAAGUCAAAUGGGCAAGUCAGCUUCAGGUGGCGCAUUUGGCUUGUAUAACCCUGUAUACUUUGUUCUUGAAUAAUUUCCAGUUUAAAAAUUUUGUCAUGUUAUAGGCAAGAAAGUUUAAUUUGAGAUAACUUCUCUAGACAGGAAAAGAAGCAUAUUCUAUAAUUUUAUCAGAACAUACAUUCCCCACAAAUUUCCAAAAUUGUGUAUCUGUACUGAUAUACGUUUUAGCUUGAUGAAAACAAGAGGGGGAGAAAAAGUAAUUGAAGAAGGGAAAAAUAUGAAACAAAGUUAUUUUUACAACAAGUGUCAUUUUUGUAUAUUUUAAUUAUUGUCGUGUUAUAUAGGUUGAAUCACUUGAAUCGAGCGCCGAGUUGGGCACGUAGAACUGCAAUUAAGAAAAAAAAAUUGUUAAUUCUGUAUCAAAGACAAUAUUAAUUAUUUACGAGAAAUUUCAUGUAAAUUAAUAUACUGAUAGGUAUUUUUAAUGAACAGAUGGAAUUAUGAUAUACAGCCAAAUGUAACGGAUUACACAGGAUGUGGAAGGGAAGUUCAGAUCACUCUAUAAUUUCAACUAAUUACUCUUUUUUCCUUUUGAUUCUUAGAACCAUCUCUUUUUUUAAUUUAUCAUUUUCUUUCGAUUCUGGUUUCUCAACAUGAAAGAUUUCUCCAUCGAACCCCUUCAAUCUCUGGGUUUGAUGCAGAAUCUAAUGGAAGUAUCUUUUUACACUCGAAGAUAAAGAGAAAAAAAAAGAAAAAAGAAAUUAUCAAAUACUUAUAAAGCUAUUGCUUUUAAUGUGAUUGAUUCUAAUUCCAAUCACGUGUAACAGUGAGACCAACCAUUUUUUAAUGCUUUUUAUGAUUGACGUCUAUUCAAAUUUUAUAUAUGUUGUACUUGCGAUUGUUGAACUCAGGAUAACUAUAUAUUUUCAAAAGAUUAAUUGAAACGUACAAAAGUCAGUCGAAUCGUAACUAAUUAAUACUUAGCUCCUGAUGCUAAUAAUUAUAUGGGAAUACAAAGGACAAAAAAACGU